GUCUCUCAAAAUACCUUCCAGAUUUCUCAAUGUUGAAUUUAGGAUCCUGGGAUUUAUUUUCUUGUUGUUCAGAUUCUUCUGUACACUGUUCGGCCUCUUCCGUGAAGCAAAAGAUAGUGAUAAAGGUGCAAUUUAGCUCUGAGAAACGCAAAACUGAGGCCUUCAAGGUUGCUGCUGGCUUUAGAGGUGUGAGCAACGUGUCUGUAGAAGCAGAUAAAGACCAAGUGGUUGUGAUCGGAGUCGGAAUUGAUUCGGUUUGCUUGGCAAAGUCGUUGAGGAAGAAGCUCAGCUACGCUGUAAUAGUGAGUGUUGAAGAAGUGAAGAAGCCGGAAGAGAAGAAACCAGAAGUUCAAACCAUUCCAAUUCAAUGGACAUCAACAUAUGUUGAAUAUCCUGUUGCCUGCUGGUGA